AUGCCGCUGACGCAGCCCCUGCGGUGCAGGCUUCGUCCCUCCCUCCACUCCCUCCUCAGGGUCUCCAGUCUCCGAUCUGCCCAGCGGCGCGUCCUGACCUCCGUUCCCUUUUUAAAAACCCGUCCUUCCUUUCUCUCCCAUGACCGACCUCGUUCUCUGCGACUUUCCUCUGUAACAUCGAUCGCCAUGUCACAAACCAGGGGCCAUGGAGGCCACUCCCACGGCCACAGCCAUGGCCACCACCACCAUCAUCACGACAAUGUUUACCUGACUUCGACUAACAAAAAAGAUGCCGGUGUGCGCAUCACUCGCAUCGGCUUGGUCGCCAACCUUGCCAUGGCCAUUGGCAAGUUCAUUGGCGGCUACGUCUUCCAUUCCCAAGCCCUCAUUGCCGACGCCUACCACGCCCUCACCGACCUCGUCUCCGACUUUCUGACACUGGGAACGGUCGCCUGGUCCCUCAAACCGCCCAGUGAUCAAUUCCCGAAUGGAUACGGGAAAGUGGAGAGCAUCGGCGCCCUAGGGGUGAGCGGUCUCCUGCUUUGCGGCGGUGUGUUCAUGGGUCUCAAUGCAGGACAGGUCCUGCUGGCCCAAUUCUACCCAGACGUAGCUGAAACGGUAGCUCACUCCGGGAUUUUGGGUCAUGGUCAUUCACACAGCCAUGGCAUCGAGGUGCUGGGCCCCAGCAUCCACGCGGCCUGGCUCGCCGCUGGCUCAAUUGUCAUUAAGGAGUGGCUCUACCAUGCCACUAUGAAAGUUGCAGAAGAGCGCAAGUCGUCCGUGCUUGCCUCCAACGCCAUCCACCACCGCAUCGAUUCCCUGACAAGCAUCGUGGCCUUAUUUACGAUUGGUGGAAGCUAUGUGUUCCAAGACGCCACCUGGCUGGAUCCGGUUGGCGGACUUCUGAUCUCCUUGAUGGUCAUCAAAGCGGGUUGGGGCAACACUAUUACUUCCCUCCUGGAGCUGGCCGAUACGACCGUGGACGAUGAUAUCAAGACCAAUGUGCAGAAAGCUGCCGCCAAGGCUCUCAAGGACCUUGCCGAUGGAGGACAAGUGGUUAUCCGCGAUAUUCAGGGCAUGAAAUCUGGACAGAACUACCUCAUGGAUGUUGAGUUGGCCGUGCCUGGAGCGUGGGCGAUUAAUCGGUCACGGAACGUCGAGGAGGCUGUCCGCAAGGCGAUCGGCGACAAAGUUCGCGGUGUGAAGCGUGUGAAGUUCCACGUCAUUCCCGUCGAGCAACCCGAACUUACUUUUCAAGAGGAGUUCAUCACACAAGAUAUUGAGGCGAGCCCCGAGUCUCAAGAACAUGACUAUGACCACGACCACGACCACGACCACGACCAUGAUCAUACAACCAACGGCAACGCAUCUGGUUCUCAUAGUCAUGAGGAUGGCACAUCCCGGAAAAUACGGUAG